AUGGCGGCUGCUGCUGCUUCUUCUCCGUUGAUCAUUUUCUAUCUUCCCACAGCUGAACGGGAGAUUGUUCGAGACAUCAAGGAGAAACUGGGCUAUGUGGCUUUGGACUUUGAGAAUGAGAUGGCGACCGCCGCUUCCUCCUCUUCUCUGGAAAAGAGCUAUGAGCUUCCUGAUGGGCAAGUGAUCACCAUCGGCAACGAACGUUUCCGGUGCCCAGAGACUCUCUUCCAGCCCUCUUUUAUCGGAAUGGAGUCUGCAGGUAUCCAUGAAACCACUUAUAACUCCAUCAUGAAGUGCGACAUUGACAUCCGGAAGGACCUCUACGCCAACAACGUCCUCUCUGGGGGCACCACCAUGUACCCUGGGAUUGCUGACCGGAUGCAGAAGGAAAUUACAGCUUUGGCUCCCAGCACUAUGAAAAUCAAGAUCAUCGCUCCUCCUGAGCGGAAGUACUCGGUGUGGAUCGGGGGCUCCAUCUUGGCUUCCCUCUCCACCUUCCAGCAAAUGUGGAUCAGCAAGCAAGAGUAUGACGAAGCCGGGCCAUCUAUCGUCCACAGGAAAUGUUUCUAAAGGUCUCCAUGCCAUCGCACUUCCCCAAUGUUCUGCUACUCCUUUCGUGGCCCAACGACACCGUUUCCCCGAAAAUGAGACACCCCCUGAAAAUAAGACCUAGUAAAGGUUUUGCUGAAUUGCUAUAAAUAUAAGGCCUUUUUUUCCCACUACAUCACUAUCCC